GUAGCAAGAUCGAACAAAAGAAUUGUCUCGUUGCUCUGAGCGGUAUCGUCAAUACCUUGGACCCAGAAAUACAACUACACUGUGCGGCUUUUUCUGACGUGGUCGACCAGUGCCUGGACAAGGAUCUUUUUACUGUGUCAGGGGUGCAGGAAGCUAUCUAUAAGGAUUUGGUACAGAAGCUGGGCCACGGGACUAUGAAGGAACUUCGAGCACUGCGACGCUAUUGCUCCCGCCGGCGAGACGACUUGGAAGAGGAUUACGACAAUGAUGGUUGGCCAACGGGCGAAGAAGACGCUAGGGGAGAGGAGUUCAAGAUAAUGCAGAUGAUAGGUGUCCUCUGCGAUGAGAUCAUUUCAAUGCAACGUAUCUCAAAGACCUCCGAACAGGAAGAUGUCUUCGUAUGGAGAGGUCUGGCUAGGAUCUUGUAUGAAUAUGAUCUGGUAGUUCGAGUAGGAGAGCUCGGGUCGUCUGCAACUAGGGAGGAUAGGACGUUGGUCGAGAACGAGUUCGGCGGGACUGACACAAGUGUGCGAGGCCGCAAGAUCGACAUCAUGCACCAGCUGUGCUUGCAGGGCAGAAGCAAGCCAAUUGAAAUAAUCGCCUGGGAGGCCAAGUCGGAAGCAGUUUCAGGAGAGGCUCUCCAGAUCCAGCUGCGCAAAAAUAUUCGGAUAAACGCCUCGAUCAUGAACAAGUUGUCGCGGUACAUGGAACGGGACUUUCCAAGGCCUUCGCCGAUGGUGUUGGACAUCGUCGGCUCUCGAGCGUUGGUGUACACGGUGCGAAAGAUUGAACCUGGAAUCUUUGGUGUGGGCGCCGUUGGGGAAAAGAUGAUUGAGCUGCCCAAGAAUACUAGCGAGAUAGCCGAGUUCCUCGAUGGAGGAAGCAUGUCUGCUUUGCUACGAAUAGGGCGGUACAACUCCAAGUUUGCUUGCCUCCUCAAGAAAGAAUACCGAAAAGCGUUGAGUCAGGAGAUCAUGGAGAAGAUGACCGGGAAGGCGAGUGUUAGGAAAGAGGGACCGCCAGUGAUCUUCACCCCUAAGAAAAAGAGACAGAGGCAUAAGCAGCAACAAAUGGAUGAGUAGCAAGCACGUGCGAAAGCUUAUAUGAGUGUCUGUACGGGAUGUACUCUAAUCGGCUGAAUAAAAUACGUCAGCCCCUAAAGAAGACACC